AUGUCUGUACCAAGAUUCCAAAAAAUAAACUUUGGGACAUAUGAUAAUUACAUUCCAGUCAGUGAAUUAAGCAAAAAAUCAUGGAAUCAGCAACACUUUGCCCUGGUAUUUCCCAAACCACCAAGACCAGGAACAAAAAGGAGAUCAAAACCUUCCCAACUACGCGACAGUACAAUUCCUAAAUAUGAUGAAGAGAAAUUAAGGGGAGAUCACAGACGACCACUAUGGAUGUACCGUUCUUUAAUGAGAAUUUCUGAGAAACCAUCUGUUUAUUUAGCUGCCAGGAGGCAGCCUGUACCAAUGAAACCAACUGGUCCCUCUAAGGGGGAUGCUAAAAGUGUAGGGAAACCUUUAUCUCCAUCAAUAAAGAAAGGUAAAGAAGACAAGAAAACAGACAAGGACAAAUCAGAUUCAGAAAAAGAUCCCAAAAAAGAUAAAAAAGGUCCAAAGAAAGGCAAGGAGUCAGCUACAGAAUCAGAGGGUGAAAAAGGAGAUGCAAAGAAAGAUUCCAAAAAAGAUAAAAAAGGUCCAAAGAAAGGCAAGGAGUCAGCUACAGAAUCAGAGGGUGAAAAAGGAGAUGCAAAGAAAGAUUCCAAAAAAGAUAAAAAAGGUCCGAAGAAAGGCAAGGAGUCAGCUACAGAAUCAGAGGGUGAAAAAGGAGAUGCAAAGAAAGAUUCCAAAAAAGAUAAAAAAGGUCCGAAGAAAGGCAAGGAGUCAGCUACAGAAUCAGAAGGUGAAAAGAAAGACGCAAAGGACAAGGAAGGGAAAAAGGAUUCAAAGAAACCUGGUGACAAAGGUGAUGAAUCAAAGGACAAGAAAGAUUCAAAGAAGAAGGAGAGUAAAAAAGGAAAGAAAGAUGAAAAGAAGCCCAGUGAGGCAGACAGUGAAUCAAAAGAUACUCCCAAGAAAGAUGCCAAGAAAGAUGCCAAGAAAGAUGCCAAGAAAGAUGCUAAGAAAGGUACUGAACCAGAAUCUGCUGAUGCCAAGAAGGAUGCCAAAAAGGAUGCCAAGAAGGAUGCCAAGAAGGAGCCACAAAAGACCCUGAAUAGCAAAAGAAACCCUAAGAAAUAG